GCGUGUUAGGGCACGGCGCCAGUUGGCUGCCAUACCCGCGUGGCUCCGGUCGUAGUGCGAUUGAGUUCCGUCUCGAAACGACCUUAGCAGGGUCGCGAUCGCUAAACAUAGUUACUCUAAAUCAUUUUUGACCGUAACAUUCCUAUUAAAAAUAUGUGCUCGAUCUAUGGUGUUCAGAAAUAUUAGUGGCUUUAAGUGCUUUGUUAUUCUUCCGUCUAAAUAGAGAUCUAUUUAUAAUCCUGAAUUUCGCGAAGAAUUGUUUAUGAGGAAACCUCAAUGGUUAUCGUAGAGAACGGCGAAGAGAUCGUUAAAGUUAACAAAAUGCAAAUGGUCAAUGGAGGCAGUCAGCCAAUCAACGGUCCGGACCAAGUGCUGCCCGCCGAUGACUACCUCACCUGGAUCCCGGAAGGGCGCGUGAAGCUACGCCUGGCAGCCCGAGGGGUCGCCGGCGAGCCCCCUAUAUCGGUGCCGGGCGUCCUACGGCAGACCGCCGCCAGAUACCCCGACAGUCCCGCGCUAUGUACAAAGAAAGAUGGAAAAUGGCACAAAAUCUCAUAUAAGCAGUACCUGGAACGAGUCAGGACAGUAGCAAAAGCAUUCCUCAAGCUCGGCUUAGAGCGAUUCCACUCCGUGUGCAUACUUGGCUUCAACUCCGAACAGUGGUUCGUGGCGGACUUGGCAGCUAUUCACGCAGGAGGUUACGCGGCGGGUGUCUACACGACCAAUUCGGCUGAAGCAUGCCUGUAUUGUCUCGAGAAGUCGCGAGCGAACAUUUGUGCGGUACAGGACAAAAAGCAGUUGGAAAAAAUCCUAUCAGUCCGCCACAAAUGUCCGACGCUCAAAGCCAUCAUACAGUGGGAGGGCCCCGUCGAUAGCUCCAUACCUGGACUAUACAGUUGGGAGCAAAUAUUAGAAAUAGGACAGAAGGAGCCAGAUGGACCGCUGGACCAGAUUCUGAAGAGUCUAGCCGUCAAUGAAUGCUGCACUAUCGUCUAUACGUCCGGAACCGUGGGUCCCCCGAAGGCCGUGAUGCUCUCACACGACAAUCUAACGUGGGACGCGUACUCCAUCACGCAGCGAGUCGGCGAUAUCCAACCGACAGUCGACACUCUCAUCUCCUUCUUGCCACUCAGCCAUGUCGCUGCUCAGGUGGUGGAUAUUUACGUAACCCUGAUGAACGCCGUGACGGUGUACUUUGCGCAACCAGAUGCGCUCAAGGGCAGCCUGAUUGACACACUGAAGGAUGUUCGCCCUACCAGACUUUUAGCAGUGCCCCGGCUGUGGGAAAAGAUGUACGAGAAAAUGAUGGCCGUAGGCGCCCAGAGCGGGUCUCUGAAGAAAAGCAUCGCUGUCUGGGCCAAAGAGAAAGGGCUUAAGUACCACCUCGGCCGGAUUGAAGGGGCCUUAUCAGCCGGCAUGAGAGGCCUCCCCAUAGAGUUCACCACCCUCGAAAUGUUACAGUAUUGGCGUGACGGCAUGACGCUAAGUUACAAGAUGGCGCGUUCGCUGGUGUUCAGCAAAGUGCGAGAGAACCUGGGCUUGGACCGGUGCGUCACGUUCGUGACGGCCGCUGCGCCGCUCUCGGCAGACAUUAAGAAAUUCUUCCUGUCGCUGGACAUCCCUAUCAUGGAGGCGUUUGGCAUGAGCGAGGGCUCUGGCGCGCACUCGCUGAGCAUCGAUCCCAAAUUCAACCUAACUUCAGUAGGCGAGCUGCUAGAAGGCACAGAAACCAAGUUCGAAGGGUCGAUGUCUCAAAACGGGCCCGGCGAGAUCCUAAUGAGGGGUCGCCACGUGUUCAUGGGGUACCUUGGCGACGAGGAGAAGACCCGCGCGGCGGUCGACUACGAGGGUUGGCUGCACUCUGGUGACGUCGGCCGGGUCGACAGCCAUAACUUCCUCUACAUUACUGGCAGGAUAAAGGAGUUGUUGAUCACCGCCGGCGGCGAGAACGUGGCGCCGGUGCUCAUCGAGCAGACGGUACAAGCGGAGUUACCGCACGUCGGGUACGCGGUGCUUAUUGGCGAUCGGCGCAAGUUCUUAUCCAUAUUGCUCACUCUCAAGUGUAAAGUUGACAACGAGUCCGGGGAUCCUCUGGAUGAGUUAGAUCCGGUGACGCAAAAAUGGGUCGAAAGCCUGGGAAGCAAAGCUACAAGCCUCCGGGAGAUUUCAAAAACCAAAGAUCCUCUUGUGUCCAAAGCAAUUGAAGCCGGCAUAAUGCGAGCGAACAAACAGGCGAUUUCAAACGCACAAAAAAUCCAGAAGUUCUCGAUUUUGCCGGCGGACUUCUCUGUAAACACAGGAGAACUAGGACCAACACUAAAAAUCAAGCGGAACGUGGUAUACGAGAAAUACCACGACAUUAUCGAAGAUUUUUACAAGGACUGAUAGACAAUCAAAUUGUUAGCAAUGCUACUUGAAGAAGAGUAUCUUACAGGGGAUUACUAG